AUGCUGACCUACACGUUCGUCUUCAUCUUCGCCACUCUUCUCCUCAUCCAAACCCACCAAAGUGUACCAGAAGAGGGCGGAGCCAAUGUUGACACCUGGAAAAAUUCGGACGGUCUCAACUCGAAUUCAGAUGACGUCGAGUACUUCAUGCCGUCAACUGAGGAGAGAGAAAGUCUUCUUAGAGAUCUCCGUUCCCUCCGCCAACGCUUCUACAAACCUCGCUCAUCGUUCCCCUAUUACAAGGGACUCGGAAAAUAA